ACUUUCAGUAAUUGCCACCUCCUCACCUGGCCUGCACAUUAUGGAUGAACCCAAAGGAAUUGUCAGAUUAGAACAAUCAGUAGUAAACAGAAUAGCUGCAGGAGAAGUUAUACAGAGACCAGCCAAUGCUAUAAAAGAAAUGAUUGAGAAUAGUAUAGAUGCUGGUGCCACUACUAUACAAGUAUCUGUUAAGAAUGGAGGCAUUAAGAUGUUACUGAUACAAGAUAAUGGAUCUGGAAUCUCAAAAGAAGACUUGCCCAUCGUAUGUGAACGUUUUACAACUAGCAAACUCAAGUCAUUUGAUGAUCUUUCAUCUAUUAAUACUUAUGGAUUUAGAGGAGAAGCUUUAGCAAGUAUCAGUCACAUAGCUCAUGUCACAAUAACCAGCAGGACAAAGAAUGACAAAUGUGCUUACAAAGCUUCAUAUAGUGAUGGAAAGCUAGUUUCAACUCAGAAAAGUAGUGGUCCUCCUGAACCUAAGCCCUGUGCAGGUAAUAGAGGUACUCAGAUACAAGUUGAAGACCUUUUCUACAACAUGGUGACACGUCGUAAUGCUUUGAAGAACCCUGCUGAUGAAUAUCACAGAAUAGUUGAUGUAGUGAGCAAGUAUGCUGUUCAUAACACUGGUAUUGGUUUUACCCUCAAAAAAUUUGGAGAGAGUGUUGUAGAUGUUAGGACUUUGCCAGACUCUAGUGACAUUGAAAACAUAGGAGCUGUGUUUGGACAAGCUAUAGCUAAGGAGCUGCUGUGUGUCUCAUGUGAAAAUACCAAACUUGGCAUGAAAAUGAAUGGCUACAUCACAAAUCCUAAUUAUUCUGUUAAAAAGUUCCAGUUUCUUCUCUUUAUAAAUCAUCGAUUAGUUGAUUCUACGUCUCUACGCAAAGCUAUUGACACUGUGUAUAGUGCUUACCUGCCAAAGAACACUCACCCAUUUAUAUACAUGAGUUUGGAGAUAGCACCUUUAAAUGUUGAUGUUAAUGUUCACCCAACAAAGCAUGAGGUUCACUUUCUUCAUGAAGCACUUAUAGUUGAAACUAUACAGAAGUCUAUAGAAGAUAAACUGUUAGGCUGCAAUGAAUCACGCACUUACUAUACUCAGACGCAUCUGCCAGGGACAUCACUGCUACCAGUAUCACUAGAAGAGGUUUCCAUGACUCAGAGCUCAAGUGAUGAGAAAACUUAUGCUCACCAAAAAAUUCGUACUGACUCCAAGGAGCAAACUUUACAUUCAUUUGUUGUACCAAAGGAGCUUAAUAACUCUCAAUCAGAUAAGGCUUCUUCGAAAUCAGUUAGUGCUUCUUGUAAGAAGAGGAAAUCAACUGACAGUCCUCAGCUGUCUCUUUCAAAGAAAAGAAAGCAUCACAAACCCAUUCAUUUGACUAGUGUUAAUAAUUUGAUUCAGGAAGUGAAGGACAAGGAGCAUCAAGAACUGUGUUCUCUUUUUCGUGAGCACAAAUUUGUCGGGUGUGUUGAUCAAACAAGAGCUCUUGUCCAAUAUCAAACAAAGUUAUAUCUUAUAAGUUUAACAAAAGUCACUCAAGAACUCUUUUAUCAGUUGGUGCUGCUGGAUUUUGCUAAUUUUAAGCCGUUACAGUUAAAUCCUCCUGCUUCAUUGUAUAAGCUAGCACUAGUUGCACUGGACUCACCCGAGAGUGGAUGGACAUCUGAGAGUGGGUCAAAGGAAUCAUUAGCAAAGUAUGCCGUGGAUUUCUUGAGUAAGAAGUCAGACAUGUUAGAGGAUUAUUUCUCAAUGAAAAUUGAUGAGAAUGGUUGUCUUGUGUCACUGCCCAUUCUACUGGAAUUAUUUACUCCUGACCUUGAUAGAUUGCCUAUGUUCAUCUUAAGACUUGUCACUGAAGUUGAUUGGGAAAGUGAACAGCAGUGCUUUGAAGGAGUGGCUAAGGAAUUUUCCUACUUUUACUGCAUCAAGCAUGAUUAUUUCUUAGUGGACAGCGAAGAAAAAAAUGUCGAGCCUUCACUUGCAAAAGUAUUGCCAUGGCGAUGGAUAAUUGAACACGUAUUGUUUCCUUCAUUUCGAAAUGACUUGGUUCCCUCUAAAGCUUUGGCUGAUGACGGGAGUAUCCUCCAGAUUGCUGAUUUGAGAGAGUUGUACAAAGUUUUUGAACGAUGUUAAGUUCAUAUUUUGCAACUUAAUUCACUACCAUAAGUAUCAUUAUAGCCAAUUUGUGCACUAGCCAAAUUUGUAUAGUAACUUUCAUUCAUUAUGGCAAGCUGACAUUAUUCAUCAUUAUUACACAACAGUGUCACAUGAUUGGCUCAUUAGGCUGGCUGUGGGUUGGUAUGGCAGCAGAAGCAGAAGCUCUUGAUAAACACGCCCCAGCUAAAGAAUAUAGUGAUACUCUGUUUCUUGAGAGCUUCUCAAAGAAUAUAAGAGAAGAUCUUUGGGCUAACACCACCUUCUACACAUUCACUAAUUUCGUGCUGCAAGGAACAAAAGACAAUACUUUGGGAGGUGCUUCUGUCCUCGACUUGGGAUGUGGUGAUGGCAUGUUUACUCGUUGGGCAGCUGCGCAAGGAGCUUCUAAAGUUGUUGGGAUAGAUCUAUCAGAGGAACAAAUUGCUGUUGCUUCCAAAAUGGAUGAUGGCCAUCAUUCAGCUGGCAUUGAGUAUCAUGCUAAGGAUGUGAUGGACAUUAGGACUCCAGAAUAUGGGGAAUUUGAUGUCAUCAUAGCUGUCCACUUGAUUUGUUAUGCAGAUAACCCUGAAAAGCUGCAGCGUAUGCUUCAAGCUGUGUCCCUUUGUUUGAAAAAGGGUGGACGUUGCAUUGGAGUACGUGAAUGUCUCAAUUCUGCUUUAAAAGGUCCAGUGUCGAUGAAAAUGAAAGAAGAAAUAAAGAAUGGGCCAAUGCUUGCAUACCAGAUAAUACCACAGUCAGAUGAAAUUGUCGAGAGCAAAGAUUGUGAUGAUUUUUGUGCUUGCAUUAAUGAGUUUCGAAAUUCAGAUGGCUCAAUCAUUAAGUUCACGAAUUACGUAGUGAAAGAAUCAACAAUGAUUAAAAUGUUCAAUGAUGCUGGAUUUGAAGUGAAUACCUGUGGACCAAUUUUGACUUGCUCUCCAGAGGGAAAAAAGAUGUUUCCAGCUGAUUUUAUUGACAAAGUUACAAAUGAUUUUGGAAAAUUAUUGUGGUACUUUGAUAUUACUAAAUUAUGAAUGACUAUAAAAAUUAAUUACUAUUGGGUGCAAUCCACAAUAAUUUUUAUUGCUGCAAUUUGUUUUUCAUGCACAUUUCAAAUGAUGCCAUUGAAAAACCUCA